GCGGUGUGGGCGGCAGAGGCGGCGGAGGCGCGCAGCCCGAGCGUGCGGCCGAGAUGCCACUGAGUGCCUCUGGCAUCCUGAGCUCCUCUUCCGCCACUUCCAACAGGUCGAGAAAUAAGACUCGCUAUCGGACCAAAGCCGUGAGCUCCGAGGUGGAUGAGAACCUCUUCGGACGGGUCAAGCCUCUGGCCCAGAGCGACGGUCCCACUGUGCUUCUCCGAGACAAGCAUGCCAUUCGGAAGUCUCUCACUGCCCUGAGCUCGGACCGCAAGCGGGAGACCAUCCAGAUCGUCACCCGAUACAUGGUCCGGAAACUCAUCGUUCCCACCAAGGAUCCCUCCGGGGAGUCCCUCAUCAUGAGCCCUGAGGAAUUUGAGCGCAUCAAGGGCGCAUCCCAAGUCCUGACCAGGGAAGAGCUGGAGGCCAGGGAGCAGGCCUUCAAGAAGGAGAAAGAGGCCAUCAUGGACGCGGUGACCACACGCAAGAAGAUCAUGAAGCAGAAGGAUAUGGUGCAGAGGAGCAAGAAGAAGCUCAGCGACCUGGAGGAGGAGGCCCAGGAGAGGGCCCAGGACCUGCUGCGGAGAGCCAGCCGGCUGCGGGCCCAGCAGGAGGAGGAGCUCAGGGGCAUGAGCAAGAUCAUCCUCAACGCCAAGUGCCACGCCAUCCGGGAUGCCCAAAUCCUGGAGAAGCAGCUGAUUCAAAGAGAGCUGGACGCAGAGGAGAAGCGUUUGGAUCAGAUGAUGGAGGUGGAGCGACAGAAAUCCAUUCAGAGGCAGGAGGAGCUAGACAGGAAGAGGAGGGAGGAAAGAAUCCGAGGCAGACGGCACAUCGUGGAGCAGAUGGAAAGGAAUCGGGAGGAGCGGUCGCUGCUGGCGGAGCAGCGGGAGCAGGAGAAGGAGCAGAUGCUGGAGUACAUGGAGCAGCUUCAGCAGGAGGACCUGCGGGACUUGGAGCAAAGGCACCAGGAGAAGCUGAAGAUGCAAGCUGAGAUUAAGCGCAUUAAUGACGAAAACCAGAAACAGAAAGCAGAGCUGCUCGCUCAGGAGAAGCUGGCGGACCAGAUGGUGAUGGAGUUCACCAAGAAGAAGAUGGCUCGAGAAGCAGAGUUCGAGGCCGAGCAGGAGAGAAUCCGGAGGGAGAAAGAAAAGGAGAUCGCCUGUCUGAGGGCCAUGCAGGAGAAAGCCCAGGACCGCCAGGCAGAGCAGGACGCCUUGCGGGCCAAGCGCAACCAGGAGGUUGCCGACAGGGAGUGGCGCAGGAAGGAAAAGGAAAAUGCGCAGAAGAAGAUGGAGACAGAGGCCAAACUGCGCCAAAGCCGGCUGGAGCAGGUGGCCUUCAAGGAGCACACCCUGGCCAUUCAGGUGCAACGGGACCGUGAAGAGUUCGAGAGGAUUCUUCGGGCUCAGAGAGAGCAGAUCGAGAAGGAGCGGCUGGAGGAGGAGAAAAAGGCCACGGGGCGCCUGCGACACGCGGACGAGCUCCGGCGCCAGGUGCGCGAGAACCAGCAGAAGCAGGUGCAGGAACGCAUCGCCACCUUUGAGGAGGGCCGGCGGCUCCAGGAGGAGGCCCAGAAGCGGCGCGAGCGCAUUGAUGACAUCAAGAAGAAAAAGAUCGAAGAGCUGAGAGCCACCGGCCUCCCUGAGAAGUACUGCAUUGAAGCGGAGCGCAAAGCCAACAUCCUGCCAGCCGCCUCUGUGAACUGAGGGGUGCCUCUGCGUCCCCUGGGACCCCUGCAGGGGCCAGGGGCCAGGCUCUGCCCAGUCGCUGGGUGGCCGUGACUGCCACUAGCCUAGACUUCUUAUAGGUACAGAUUAAAUUUAUUCUACUUCUUUAA